CGUCUGUGAAAUCCAGGCUUUAGGACGGCACGUUGAAUUUGGCUCAGUUGAGAAAGUUCAGUGAGUGUAUACAAUGGUUAUAAAUGGGUCUCACCUGAACAGCUCCUCGCCAGACCCCAGUGACACCGUCCUGAACCGCCCGCCGUGGGUUACCACAACUUUGGGCUGCUUCCUCAUCUUCACCAUCGUUGUUGACAUCCUGGGCAACCUCUUGGUCAUCUUCUCCGUUUAUCGGAACAAGAAGCUCAGGAACGCAGGGAACAUCUUCGUGGUGAGCCUGGCAGUGGCAGACCUUGUGGUGGCCAUCUACCCGUACCCUCUGGUCCUCACCUCCAUCUUCCACAAUGGCUGGAACCUGGGUUACGUCCACUGCCAGAUCAGCGGCUUCCUCAUGGGCGUCAGCGUCAUCGGCUCCAUCUUCAACAUCACCGGCAUCGCCAUCAACCGAUACUGUUAUAUCUGCCACAGCCUCAAGUAUGAUAAACUGUACAGUGACAAAAACUCCGUCUGCUAUGUGAUGCUCAUCUGGGCGCUGACUGUGGUGGCCAUCGUGCCCAACCUCUUCGUGGGUUCGCUUCAGUACGACCCGCGGGUUUACUCCUGCACCUUCGAACAGUCAGCCAGCUCGGCGUACACUAUCGCAGUGGUUUUCUUUCACUUUAUUUUACCCAUCAUGAUUGUCACCUACUGCUACCUGCGCAUCUGGAUACUGGUCAUACAGGUGAGGAGACGGGUCAAACCAGACAAUCGGCCCAAGCUAACGCCGCACGACGUUAGAAACUUUGUCACCAUGUUUGUGGUGUUUGUGCUCUUCGCCGUUUGCUGGGCGCCGCUCAACUUCAUCGGCCUGGCCGUAGCGAUCAAACCGGAGGUAGUGAUCCCCCUCAUCCCCGAGUGGUUAUUCGUGGCCAGCUACUUCAUGGCCUACUUCAACAGCUGCCUUAAUGCCAUCGUGUACGGUGUGCUGAACCAGAACUUCCGCCGCGAGUACAAGCGCAUUGUAGUGUCGGUGUGCACGGCGCGCAUCUUCUUCCAGGACAGCUCAAAUGACGCGGGGGAGAGGCUCAAGAGUAAACCGUCCCCGCUCAUGACGAACAAUAACCAGGUCAAGGUGGACUCUGUCUGAUCCAGAACACAGAGGGAUACUGAGAGCACGUGAACAGAUUUGCUGUGACUGACAAAAGAAAAAAAAAGAAAAAAGAAAGAUGAGCAGGAAAAAUACCAAAUAUAAUUAUACAACAGCUUCUAUCCUCUAGGCUGUCCACACAUGUCAUACGGUGCUAUCUGACCUCUGAACAAUCACAGUAAGAACAGGGGUGCAUAUUAUCUUUGUCUUUUAUCAAGCACUUUUGUUUGACUCUGCAGUAUCUGUAGUACAGUAAAUAUAUGAUGUUGGUUUUGUUUUUAUGUUUACAGUGAUGAUAUAAAUGUAUCAUGCAUCAUAUAAGUAUUUAUUUUGUAUGAAAUGUCAUGUAGAUGUAUAGUAAGAUAUAUCAGGUUCCAGUAAAGUGAAGACAAAAUUUCAAGGCCAAUAAAAAGAAAAAAAAAAAAGAAAAAGAAGAAAAAAAAGAAGCAAUUUCUACAGAAAUGGUGGUUGAAAAUAUAACCAGAAGUUUAUAAAUGAAGUUAAUCAAUUUUAGUAACCUCAUUUGUGACACUGUAACACUGAGUGCAAGCAAUGUGUGUUGCUGCUGUCUUUAUUAUGCCCUGCAAUACCGUCCCUUUCAUUAGGUGGAAUAUAUAUUUUAGUAAAUAACAAAAAUCUCUCUCUCUCUCUCUCUCUCUCUCUCUCUCUCUCUCUCUCUUCGCCACCUUGUGAGCUCAUUAUACUGUAUGCAUGGAUAUCAGGAAUUGUUCAUAUGCAAAAUAAAAUCUGAUAUUGAUGGAG